CCGCGAGAAAGUGGACUCGCCUGUUUGUCGUCGACAGAAGUGGCGCGCGGCGGUCGUGUGCGUUGUUCUGUGGCCAAAAUCGCCGAUUUCCGCGGGUGCUUGUGUUGUCAGUGAAGUGCUGAGGUGAAUCAGGUUUUGCACAAGCCAGUGUGUGACAAGGGAAGUGUGUAGGGCCGCUCGAAGCCGGCCAGAUGAAGACGACACGCCAGCGCUCGUCCAGGUGUGCUAGAUCCAACACCUAGACCCCAACACCGUAUGGAAGUCAAGCUCGGCUUAGGGGCCCCAGCGCCUCAUAUCCUCUACCCUGGGAGCCGACAGCCGCCCCCGGGGCCCCCAGCCGCCCAUCCGCCGCCCACGUCAAGG